UAUUAUAAGAGAGAAAGAAGAGAUAAAUAUUAUAAACAAUUAAAAAUUAUAAGAGAGCAAACCAGAGUUGCAGGGUAUGCAGGAAACUUCGAGAGAGACGAAGCAGAGGGACAUAGUAGAGUAAUCUGAAAGGGACUCUUAUCUCUAGAUAGAGAGAGUUGCACGAGAGAUACACUCUGGUUUUUGUAACAGCUCCAUCUCCAUGCAAGUUAGCUCGGUCGCCUCCGUCAAAGGGAUCAAGAAAAACCUAGCAGAGUUCAUUGCCUGAGUUUCUUGUUUCUACUUCUGACUUUCGUUGAUGAUAUAUGCAUUAAAGUGUCAAGAAAGAGACCAUAGAUGGAGUUUUCUUUCUUCAAACUGAAUUCAACGAGUUCAACUUUCUCAUGCAUUUCUGGACUUGCUGAUGGAUUUGAGAUGAUAGUGUCCAUUUAUAGUCAUGAAUUAGUCUGAGCAAUCGUAGAGAAUGAUGCAUCACUGAAUCAUGGAAUGUAACUAGCUUUCAAGAAGUAGUUCCAUCUAAUACUCAGCAAAUAUUUUCAUAGGUCCAUCCUUCCGUAUUAGUUGCAGAUUGAAGUGAUGGAAGCUACUGAGGGAAAUGAGAAGGUUUUGAGCUAUGAAGAUGUCAUAUUGAGGAAAUCAGAUUUGGAUAUCCUUCAGGGCCCUUACUUCCUUAAUGAUUGCAUCAUUGAAUUCUAUUUCGCAUAUCUUUCUUCCUCUCUUCCUCAAGACAUUCUACUGGUUCCCCCUUGCAUAUCUUUUUGGAUCAUGAGCUGUACUGACAAACAGGGCCUGGAACCUUUUGUCAACCCACUAAAACUUCAAAGCCGGAAUUUGGUGAUCUUUCCAAUUAAUGAUAACGAUGAUGUGAGCAUGGCAGAGGGUGGCUCACAUUGGAGCUUGCUUGUGUAUAUUAGAAAGAAAAAUGCAUUCUUAUACUUUGAUAGCAUGAUGGGUUGCAAUGAAUGGCAUGCAGUGAAGUUAUAUAGAGCUGUCAACGUGUUAAUGGGUGGCCAAAGCGUGUCUGCAAAAUUUGUUGAAGGCAAGACUCUACAACAAAAGAAUGGGUAUGACUGUGGUGUGCAUACUUUGGUGGUGGCGGAGGCAUUUUGUUGUUGGUAUUAUGGAAACAAUGAGGAAGACUUCGAUAAUGCAUUGGAGAGACAAGUGACAGCAAAUAUAGUGGGUGAAAUGAGGAGGAAGAUUCUAAGCAUCAUUUUGCAUCUGAUUGAUAAGAGGUGAUUGUGUUAAGCAUCAUUUGCUUCCGAUUGAUAACAGAUGAUUAUGUUGUAUAUACAGUAAUACAGCUUUAUUUUUGUUUGGUUUUUAAUUUUCUGGUAAAUUGAUAGAAAACCCAGUAGGAGGAAUGAGUAGGAGUUUACAUGGUUGUCCGAAUUAAUUUUGACCAUUUCCACUCAAUGAUCAGUUUAGGAGUAGCACGUUCAAUCGAUGUAUCUGUUUGAUUAUGUGAUACACGCAUUGACAUCGUAAGAGUGACAUGUUUGGCCCACAGUUGUUUUCC